AUGUUGAGAGCCAGCCGGAAGAUACGUACAAGUUCCGCCGUUCGGUCCUUGGCCACGGUUGCGGGAGUUAGGGGACAAGCACCGUUGAGUCGAUUUGAACCCGACCACAGUGUUGAUUAUGUCGCUUUCCUGGACAAACUCUCUCGUAUGCGAAAGAUCCUUGAUCGACCUCUCACAUAUGCAGAGAAAGUCCUUCUCACACAUCUCGAUGAUGGACAAGAUGACAAGGUUAUUCGAGGCUCAACACAACUGAAAUUGAAGCCUCGGCGGGUCGCCUGUCAAGAUGCCACAGCGCAAAUGGCCAUCAUUCAAUUUAUGACAGCAGGACUUGACAAAACUGCUGUCCCUACCACAGUUCACUGCGAUCAUCUCAUCGUGGGUCGAGAUGGUAGCGAGCAAGAUCUCGCUGGGGCAUUAACAAGUCAUGGUGAAGUGUAUGAAUUCAUGUCAAGUGCUUGUCAACGCUAUAAUAUGGGCUUCUGGAAGCCCAACGCAGGCAUCAUUCAUCAGAUUGUUCUUGAGAACUAUGCUUUCCCGGGUGGUAUGCUGAUUGGCACUGACUCUCAUACACCAAAUGCUGGAGGCAUGGGCAUGAUUGCUGUAGGUGUCGGCGGUGCUGAUGCCGUUGAUGUCAUGUCUGGUCUUCCCUUUGAAAUCACAGCUCCUGAAAUUAUUGGUGUCAAGUUGACGGGCCAGUUAAGCGGCUGGGCUAGUCCUAAAGAUGUCAUCAAUGCUGUUGCAGGGAUCCUUGGAGUCAAGGGUGGCACAGGGAAAAUCAUCGAAUACUUUGGCCCUGGGGCUGAAACAAUAUCGGCCACGGGGAUGUCUUCUAUCACUAAUAUGGGCGCCGAGACAGGAGCAACUACAUCAAUCUUCCCUUAUUCUGAGACCAUGUCCGCCUACUUGCGUGCGACUAGCCGACCUGAGCUUGCGCAAGCUUUAGGAGUAGCGAAGCAUGAACUAAAAGCAGAUGAGGGUGUCAAGUAUGAUCAUGUUAUCGAGAUCGACCUAUCUACCCUCGAACCUCGCAUCAACGGCCCAUUCACUCCCGACUUAUCAACACCAAUCUCGAAACUGAGCGAUGCAGUUCGAAAAAAUAAAUGGCCUGAUCGCCUUUCCGCUGGACUGAUCGGAUCAUGCACAAAUUCUUCCUUUGAAGAUCUCUCCCGAGCUGCUAGCUUGGCAAAACAAGCUCUGGAUGCAGGCUUGAAGCCCAAGAUGCCACUGCUGCUGUCUCCUGGAAGCGAGCAGACCAAUCAGACACUCAAGCGCGAGGGUGUUACCGACGUAUUUGAGCGUUUGGGUAGUAAAAUCUUAUCUAAUGCCUGUGGACCCUGUUGUGGAUCAUGGGACAGAACCGACAUGACAAAGGGUACGCCAAACUCGAUCUUGGCAUCAUACAAUAGGAACUUCACCGGACGUCUUGACGGGAAUCCUGCAACCCAUACAUUCCUCUCUUCGCCUGACAUGGUGAUGGCCAAGGUUUUCUCUCAUGAUCUUGGGUUCAACCCUCUCAAAGAUUCUCUUGUUACUGAAUCUGGCGAGGAAUUCCGCUUUGAACCUCCUACUGGCAACGCACUACCAGCAGAGACAUAUGAGAACACAGACCAUGUAUACGAUGCGCCUUCGACGGAUCCGCAAGUCCGACAGGCCGUGACUGUCCAAAUAUCGCCAGACUCCCAACGUUUGCAACGAUUAGCGCCAUUUAAACCUUGGUCUGGAAAGGAUUUCGUCGAUUGCCCUAUUCUGAUUAAGACAACUGGUAAAUGUACGACGGACCACAUUACUACAGCUGGCCCAUGGAUGCGGUUCCGAGGUCAUCUCGAAAAUAUUUCCAACAACACCCUUAUCGGCGCUGUGAACGCGGACAAUCAAGAGGUCAAUAAGGUAUUGAACCAAAUUACUGGGUCGUAUGGAGGUGUGCCAGACACAGCCAGAGAUUAUCAACAACGAGGUCUUCCCUGGGUCGUUGUAGCAGAUCAUAACUAUGGCGAGGGAUCAUCUCGUGAGCAUGCUGCUCUUCAGCCUCGAUACCUGGGCGGUGUUGCUAUCAUUGCUAAAUCAUUUGCUCGCAUUCAUGAGGCGAACCUAAAGAAGCAGGGCAUGCUUGCGUUGACAUUCGCAGAUGAUACCGCAUACGAUAAGAUCAAGGCUUCGGACCGUAUCAGCAUUGUCGGACUGACCGAACUGGCGCCUGGAAGGAAUGUGCAGCUUAGGAUAACGUCAAAGGAUGGUACGAGUUGGGAGACUGAAGCCAAGCACACCUUUACUCAUGAGCAAAUCGAGUAUUUCAAGGCUGGAAGUGCUCUGAAUGUCAUGGCUAGUCGACUCUCUGACAAUUCAUCUCCAGCAGCCACUUUGUAG